AGAAAAUGAUUCCUCUUGUGUUUAUUGGCUAUGUGACAUGUCUGAUCCUGGUUCGUUUGGAAGCUCAGACUCCAUCACCGUCUUUGCAUUUUGAAUCGGUCAGCGUCGGCUCAAAUGUGACUUUAAAGUGUUUCUUUAAAGAAACUGAUGGAGUGAUUUUCUACUGGUAUAAACAAACUCCAGGGCAGAAACCACAGCUGAUGUCAGAGUUUUAUAGAUAUAAGAGAAAUGGCUCACUUACGGGUGAAUUUUGCAAUGAUUCACGAUUUGAGCUGGAAACUGGCAAAGACAAAAACCACUUGAGGAUCUCCAAUGUGCAAAUGUCAGACUCUGCUGCUUACUACUGUGCAGGAGUUCAUACAUAUCUGUAUACAUUUCUAGAGGGCAUUACAGUCCAUGUAAAAGAACCAAAUCUGAACAUUUGGACCUUGGUCGAUCAGUCCAGAUCUGAGAUCAACCGGCCAGGAGGUUCUGUGACUCUGAAGUGUACGGUACAAAGCGGGACCUGUGAUGGGCAACACAGAGUUUUCUGGUUCAGAAACUCUGAAGAACACCUUCCAGAGAUCAUUUACACCAAUGGAGCCAGCGAUGACCAGUGUAAGAAGAAGCCAACCACACAGGCACACAGCUGUGUGUACAGCCUAUCCAUAGAGAGUCUGAACGCGUCCAAUGCCGGGACCUACCACUGUGCCGUUGCCUCAUGUGGACACAUUCUGUUUGGAAAAGGGAUGCAGCUGGACUAUGAGAAAAAGUCUGACUCCCCUGUCCUGCUGUACGUCUUGAGUGGAGCUUUAGCAUUCAGCAUCAUCAUGGUGAUAAUUCUGGCUACAAAUGCAGAUGAUUACGAGGAUGCAGAAAAUCUCCAUUAUGCUGCUUUAAGCAGUAAUAAACUCAGCAGAUCGAGAGGGAAGAGGGACGCCACCAGUGAAGUUGUGUACUCCAGUGUUGGGCCUCAGAACUGAAGUUGCUUCUUUGUGUUGUUAUGCUAACGCAGUGGUUCCCAAAGUGUGGGACGCGCCCCCUAGGGGGUGCGCCGUGCCAUUGCAGGGGGAG